UCCAUCCAGUUCGUUCGACUGAAUAAAUCAUGUCUCAUUUUAUUUUUUUUCCUUUUAUUUCUUUUAAGAGGCUUUAUUAUUUUCAGAUCCAAACAACCACUACUUGUUUGUUGGUCCUUGGACUCGCCGUAGAGCGUGACAACCAGACAGGCAGACAGACCAUGAAUUGCAGAGUGGGCUUGGGUUUGGGCUGCCUCCCUCUUGUUGAAUUCACUUAGGGUUAGCAAGCCACGAACCGGACCAGUGCGCGGCUGCGCGCAACACUAUACCCACCAGCAGCCAUCACCGGAUUCACCGCCGCCGCGCGCUCCUCUCUGUGUGAGCACGCACGCGAACCCCAUCGCGCUCGAUUGAUCCGCCUCUUCCGACGCCCCCAACGCCGCGGCUUCUACCGCCCGGAUGGCGCCGCAUCUCCGCGAUCUCUCCUCUCUAGUCUCCUCCAUGGCUUCCGGUCCGCCUCGCGGGUGGCUACCGACGCUUGCGCGACGAGCCGCUUCGAUCAGCAGGGCGGCGCUUAACCCUCCUGUCCGUCAUGUUUCCCGAUUCCCCUGUGGAUCUCGGAACAUGGCCAGCGGCAAUGCAGUGAAAAGUGAGCAAUUGGGUAAAUCAGACGAGCGCCAACUCACCCCUUCUCCCAACGAUCCUAUCCACACAACCAACGGUAUUAUAAAUUCCAUGGACAAGCACUUUCCCAUCACCCGAGGCAUGGACAAUGAAGAGAAUGGGGCUGCAACUGAGUUCAUUGCUCAUUAUGGCGAUGGCCGUCCUGCCAAUGUUGAAGAGAAUGGACGCAAAAUUGUUAAUGCCAAGUAUAGCGAUGAAGUUUUUUGUAGGACAACCGUGAAGGUCCCAGGUGUCAAACAAGAUCCAAGGGGGGCAAUUAAGGAGCUAACAGAUGGUGAAGAAGAUGCAAGGAACCAAAGUGCCAGCGAGGCCGAUGAUGAUGAUGAUGAUGAUGAUGAUGAUGAUGAAUAUGAAGAGUUCAACGAUCGCGUAGAUAACUACAGCUGUUAUGGUCCUGUCUCUUGAACGACAUUUAAAUGGAGCAGCCACCGUGAUGGUUAUAUAUACGACACCACCUUUGGAUCUGGGUGGAAAUGGGACUAUCGUAUCGCGGACCGUAAUGAG